AUGAGUCACACUUAUAACGAUGAGCUACGGUUCCUGGAAAAGAUCGACAAAAACUGCUGGAGAAUCAAAAAGGGCUUUGUGCCCAACAUGCAGGUUGAAGGAGUUUUCUAUGUGAAUGAUGCUCUGGAGAAAUUAAUAUUUGAGGAAUUAAUGAAUGCCUGUCGAGGUGGUGGUGUUGGUGGCUUCCUGCCAGCCAUGAAACAGAUUGGCAAUGUGGCAGCCUUGCCUGGAAUUGUUCAUCGAUCUAUUGGUCUUCCUGAUGUCCAUUCAGGCUAUGGGUUUGCUAUUGGGAAUAUGGCUGCCUUUGAUAUGAAUGAUCCUGAAGCAGUGGUAUCCCCAGGUGGUGUGGGAUUUGACAUCAACUGUGGAGUGCGCUUGCUAAGAACCAAUUUGGAUGAGAGUGAUGUCCAACCUGUGAAGGAGCAGCUUGCCCAAGCUAUGUUUGACCACAUUCCUGUCGGGGUGGGAUCAAAAGGUGUGAUCCCAAUGAAUGCCAAAGACUUGGAGGAGACCUUGGAGAUGGGUGUGGACUGGUCCCUAAGGGAAGGCUAUGCCUGGGCCGAAGACAAGGAGCACUGUGAAGAGUAUGGAAGGAUGCUGCAAACUGACCCCAACAAGGUCUCUGCAAGGGCCAAGAAAAGAGGCCUUCCUCAGUUGGGGACCCUAGGAGCAGGUAACUACUAUGCAGAAAUCCAGGUGGUGGAUGAAAUUUUCAAUGAGUAUGCUGCUAAGAAAAUGGGCAUCGACCAUAAAGGACAAGUGUGUGUGAUGAUCCACAGUGGAAGCAGAGGCUUGGGCCACCAAGUAGCCACAGAUGCACUGGUAGCUAUGGAAAAAGCCAUGAAGAGAGACAAGAUCAUAGUCAAUGACCGUCAGUUGUUUUGUGCUCGAAUCGCUUCUGCAGAGGGUCAGGACUACCUAAAGGGAAUGGCAGCAGCUGGAAACUAUGCCUGGGUCAACCGCUCUUCUAUGACCUUCUUAACCCGUCAGGCUUUCACCAAGGUCUUCAACACAACCCCUGACGACUUGGACCUGCAUGUAAUCUAUGAUGUUUCUCACAAUAUUGCCAAAGUAGAGCAGCAUGUGGUGGACGGAAAAGAACGGACACUGUUGGUGCACAGGAAGGGAUCCACCUGCGCUUCCCCCCCUCACCACCCCCUCAUUGCUGUUGAUUACCAACUUACCGGACAGCCAGUGCUCAUUGGUGGCACCAUGGGAACCUGUAGCUAUGUUCUUACUGGCACUGAACAGAGCAUGACUGAGACCUUUGGAACUACCUGUCAUGGAGCGGGCCGUGCAUUGUCCCGAGCAAAAUCUCAGCGUAAUUUAGAUUUCCAGGAUGUUUUAGACAAAUUGGCAGAUAUGGGAAUUGCAAUCCAUGUUGCCUCACCCAAAUUGGUUAUGGAAGAGGCUCCUGAGUCCUAUAAGAACGUCACAGAUGUGGUGAACACCUGCCAUGAUGCUGGAAUCAGCAAGAAGGCCAUCAAACUGAGACCAAUUGCUAUUAUCAAAGGGUAGAACAAGAUGGGGCCUCUGGACACCACUGACCC